AUGUUUGGUAAUGUUAUUCUUCAUAAAUCAUUUGGCAUGAGAAUGGGAAUUUUUAAUACCUCUUGUUCUCGUGGAAGAAUAUUGUGUGAAUAUGGGAUUGAAGUGAUAAAAAGGAACAUUUCUAUAAAGAUUAACAUUUAUCACUACAACUCUUCCAUUUCCACUAAUGAAAUAAAGAUUGCAUCAGUUAUGCCUUCAAGCACUUUUAAAUUGAAGAUUCUUACUUCUGGCUCCUGA